UCCUUGCAGACCUCUGAAGAGGCAGUCACACCGGUGCAUUCCGGGGACCGGACAGUUAGACUAAGGGGGGUGGACACUGACGACUGGGGAGGGGGGCAAAGGGUCUUUAAGAACGGGACACAUCCUGCAGAAAUAGUUACAGAAGUCAGGGCAGAACAAAGGCUGAGUCUGGAAGGGCACUAACUUAGAGCACGGGACGCAAGAGUCACCCGAAAAGCUUGCUGAGCGGAGAGGCUAUCGUACAAGACACGGAGUGGAGCAGAGCACAGAAUCCUGCAGAGCCCAAAUUACAGGCGUGUGAUACAGCGCUUCAGAGUCCAAGAAGCCCGGGUAGCACAAGUUUCCUCAAGAACGUACCGUAAUGUCCAUGAACCCGCAGUCAAUACAUUUAGAAGAUCUGCAAUAAUUUUUUUUAACAAAGCUUAACAUUAAACACUCGCGCAUAAUGACACCGACUUUUUUCAUUUUGUGCCUGGGGACCGUCUUUUUUGGUUCAGCAAAAGCCACUGGCUUCCUCUAUCAAUUUCCAUCUGCUUCUCUGCAACAUAUGAACCCAGACCAAAGUGCAGGACAUCCAAGUGGAUCUACCUUAAGACACCGCAGGAACUGGUGCCAGUUCACAGUAACGAAGACGGUGUCAUGCCAGAUCCAGAAUGGCUCUGAUACUUUAAUGCAGAGGGUCUACCAAAGUUGCCGCUGGCCUGGACCCUGCACCAACCUUAUAAGUUACAGGACUGUCAUAAGGCCCACAUACAGGGUUUCCUACCGCACUGUGACUGCACUAGAAUGGCGCUGUUGCCCUGGCUUUCAUGGUGAAAACUGCAAUGAAGAUUGUAUGAACUGCACCAGGUUCUCAGAAAUGAAUGACAGACUCAGCUUACUUGAAACAAAGAUGUUUUUGCUGCAAUCUGCUGAAAGACCACCACCAGCUGUAAAUAAGAUGCCCCUCCCCUCUGAGAAUGAGGUUGCCCCUCCCAGCCCUAUUCCUAAUGGGCAACCUGGAAUGAAGGGACCUCCAGGACCUAAAGGAUCCCCUGGAGAGAGAGGCCUGCCAGGAUCAAAUGGAAUGCCAGGACUUCCAGGAAGAGAUGGACUUCCUGGGUCUCCUGGAGAGAGAGGCCCAGCUGGUGCACCUGGACCCAUGGGUCCUGAAGGACUUCCUGGAAAACCAGGAGCACCUGGGCCAAAGGGUUCGCAGGGGGAAAUGGGACUUCCAGGACCCCCUGGACCACCAGGACCAGCAAGGACUUUUAUUCCUCGAGGAGAUGUUCCAGAAUUUGGAGACAAUGCAGAGUCUCUCUUUCCUCCUCCAGAGGUGCACACGCCACAAAAAGAGAUAUCUGGACAAAGAGGUAUCCCUGGGCCUGUAGGUCCUCCAGGCCCUCCUGGACCCCCAGGGCCACCUGGCCCCCCUGGACCUUCAGGGCCUGUGAGCCUUCCUGGGAACUCAGAGAAUCUGGGGCAUGAAGCUGAUAGGCUUCGUGGUCCCAAGGGUGAAAAAGGGGACAGGGGGCCUCCAGGACUGACAGGGGAGCAGGGUUUGCCUGGACAACCAGGAAUGAAAGGGGAUUCAGGUGACAAAGCUGCUGAGGGUGAAGGGGUGCAGCAGUUAAGAGAAGCACUGAAAAUUCUUGCUGAGCGAGUCCUCAUUUUGGAGCACAUGAUAGGCAUUCACGAACCCUCCUCAUCACUUGAGCCUGGAUCUGGACUGGACAUCCUUUCAAGCUCCACUCAAACACCAGUCAUGAAGAGACUUAGACUGGGGAAAGGCUAUCUGUCAUCUUCCCCUUAUCUGACAGACAGUAAUCUAAUUGGACUGGACAUUGAUGGACAGGACCAAGAAUGACCUCCUUAGAAGGAGGGAGGGAGGAAUAUGUGCUUUCUUAUUGGCCUGUUUACCUAGGCACUUAAAUGACAUGGGUAAGAGGUCAAAUUUGGAUGCCAAACAACACAUUAGCACAGUUGAUGGCAUUAGGAUAUUUGUACUCGGUAUUGUAAAUUAAAAUUGAAUUUGCAGUCCAGUGCAGGGGCUUGGCUUUGUACUAUAUGGGAUUUUGUAGCCAAAGCAGCAAAUUCCGUAGUAUUGCUAUGGAGGUUUGUGCUGUGAAUUGGGCCACAUGAGUAUUGGAUCUGGCACAUGUAUUACUUGUCAUGUCAUUUUUUUUAACAAAUGUUUAUUUUGUAAUUGCCUAAAGAAUAAAAAUGUAUUUUUCAGUAGCAGGGCAAAUCUUUUGAGUUCCUUAUGAUCAUGUAAAUUCUUUUUUAAUUGGAUUUUUUACUCUGUAUAUAAAGAAGUGUAUGUGUUCCAUUCAAAAUACAGCUUUGGAAAGUUGAAACUAA